CCUUAUCGAGACCAUCGCCGCCAUGGCUGUGCUGCUGAAAUGUUUCAAGAGCAGGAUGUUUUGAGGACAGAUCUCUCCAGUGAUCGUCUCGUCUGGUCUCGUGCUCUUGAUUACGUUCCUGUUUAUCCUCCUCAUUUGAGGCCCAUUUGAAGUUCUUCAGGGCUAGCUGUUCCGCAUUUCCCGAAUCCGCACUUCUCCAUUCAUUUCCUGAGAUGAUCUUCUCACUCAGGGAGAUUUCCAGCCGCGGCGAGGGGGAUUCGUGAAGGAAAAGGAGGCUCUCCUACAUAUUUAUAACUAAACAUCUCGUUUCAGCGUGUUUUAGCCAUUCCCGUGGCUCCUUGCUCCCCUUAACUCCCGCUAGCCUCAGUAUACUAGUGGCCUCGGCACCGCUUUCCAGCCACCAAAGGCCUCCAUUUCACGAGGUGACUUUCGAGCCGAGGCGACUCGAAAGUCACCAUUGUCGCCGCUUGUACUAGCCACCCGAAGGAGCCUGUCUACGUGCUCAAUUUCUCGCCGCUUUCCAGGAGCGCCGUCUGGACGAUCGAACAUCAGCCGCGGGUGAUUGAUUCUCCAGACCCGCCUCAGCCGCCGUCUCAGCCGCCGUCUCAGCGGCGCUCUCGUCGGCGUCACCGCGUUAAGAAUGUCUCCGCAUUCCGACGCUUUCUUCUUCAAAAUGCCGCGAUUCCGCCUCCUUUCCCCUCUCCUCCUCCCCCUUCUCUCCCCAAUCCUCCUGCUCGCCCUCCUCGCCGCUAUCCAUACCGCACAAUGCGAGUCCUCCGCAACUUCCGGGCCGAUGGAUCCGCAACGGGAGGGAUUUGAUUGGCUGCUGAACGAGCUCGGCGGGUCCGAAGCGGACGAGUUUGCGGGGGGCGCGGGAGGCGCGGCGGGGGGCUCUGCGCCGCUGGACGGAAGCAGCGAGGCGUCGCUGGAGGAGUCCGGGUACGCGGAGCUGCUGACGUGGCUGCGCGAGAAUGGCGAAGAGGGCGACGCGCUGACGGGGAGGAAUCUGAAGCUGAAAGUCUUUAAAGUGGAAGUGCAAGGCGAUGCUGCCUCGGACUCUAAAGCGGAAGGCACGGGGACGAAGGAAGUGGAGGAUGGGGGAAUGGAAAACGAAAAGGAGGAGGAGAAAGAGGAGGAGAAGGAGGAGGAGAAGGAGAAGGAGAAGAGGGUGCGCGAUGAUGACUACUACGAUGACGAGGAGGAGGCAGAGGACGAGGAGGACGAGGUGAAAGAGAAGGAGAAGGGCGGAAAGGCAGCGAGCGAUGGGGACGGAAAGCCGAAGAAGUACAGGUUCUUCCCCCUGCUGGUCGCAGCAGCGCCCAUAGCGGCGGGGCAGCUGCUGCUGCGGCUGCCGCUGCCUGUGCUGCUCAACGCCUCGCGCUGCUCCGCGCCCGCCCAUCGCCUGCCGCUCUCCCCCGAGGGCGCCCUGGCUGCCUGCCUGUUGCUGCUGCAGCAGCAGGGGGAGGGAGGCGCGGAGGUGGAAGCAGGGGCGGAGGGGGAGGGGGAGGGCGCGGGGGAAGGAGGGGGAGGGCGAGUGGCGCCUUCGCUGCUGCCUCUGCUGCUGGCCUCCCGCACUGCCCACAUGCUGCCCAUGCUCAGAAACGACCUCCCCCAGUUGCCCCUCCUCCACCAGGCUGUGAACCAGCGGCAGCAGCACGAGCAGGAGUAUGCCAACUGGACCAGCAGCAGCACCACCAGCGGGGAUGGCACGAGCAGUGCCCCCGGGCUGCCUUCCCUGGAGCAGUUCCUGGCAACUGUGGCGGCAGUGAAGACGCUGGCUCUGCCCAUGCGCCUGCCGCCCCUGCCAGAGGGGCGGGAGGAGGACCAGCAGGGCGGCAGAGGGAGUAAGGGAGGGAAGAAAAAGGGGAGGAAGGGAGGGAGGAAGGGCGGGAAGAAGGGGAAGGGGAAGAAGCAGAAGCAGCGGCGGUUUGAGCUGACUGUGGUGCCGCUGGGGAAUGCCCUUGCGAGGGCGACUGGGAGGAGCGAGGGCAACGUGCGAUGGCAGCUCUCACACUCUGGCUUCCACCUGUGGGCGUCUGCUGCCAUUCCUCCCGGUGCUGCCCUCCUCCUGCCCCUCAACGGCGGCCUGCCAGACCCGCUGAAAGGCGACUCAACUCAAGCAGAAGCAGGCACAGGAGCUCAGGGGAAAGAAGCAGAGGAAGAGGAGGAGGAGGAGGAGGAAGACACCCCCCCCCCAAGGGAUCUGUGGGAGGUGCUUGAGUCAGACGCGCAUCUCUCCCCAGCCACUCUCCUGUCCAACGACGACGCCUUCCUCUCCCUUGGGAUCAUCCCCAACUGCUCCGCCUUUGACCGCGUGCAGCUCUACACCUCCUAUGACGCCCUCACCAAGAGCGUGCUCGAUGCCGCGAACGUCAACCCGAACUUCGAGCCGGGAACGUUCACCAAAGUGGCAGCGCAGGUGCGGGAGAGCCUGCUGAAGGAGGUGCAGGAAGUGAAGGAGAAGGUCCUCUCAGCUCUGGUGCGCGAGAAGCUGCUUGCUGCUGCUGUCAGAGCCGAGAGCGGAGACGUGAGAGGGAGAGGAGGGGUGAGAGGGAGAAAGGAGGAGGAGGGGUGUGGGGGUGAUGUGGUGGACCAGCUGUUGUUCUGGGAGAGGAGACGGGCGAUGAGGCAGCGGUACCGGCAGAGGCAGAGGAGGAGAGCGGCUGCCUUGCUGGCAGAGCUAGAAGCAGAGAAGGAGGGGCGAGCAGAGGCAGAGACAUACCCCAAAGGCGGCAAGGGGAGGAAGGGGCGGAAGGGGCGAGGGGAGGAGGAGGAGGAGGAGGGGGAGGGGGACGAGGAGGAUGCGGUGGAAGGGCUGUAUGUGUACUCGGAUGGGCGGAUGGACCCCGAGCUCAUGGCGUACUUCAGCGCCAUCGUGCUGCUGGCGGCCACGGGACGAGCCCCGGACGUCAUUCCCCUGGCGCGUGUGAGCGUGGCGUACGCAUGGAAUCUAGACGGCAGCACCACAUGCACGCGCAUGCCUCUGCUCUCCGACCCCUCCCACCCGCUCUACCUCCACAUGCCCACCGACCCCGCCAACCCCUCCGCCGCCCCAUCACCCAGUAACCACCCGGCUGUAACGGGGCUGUCCCUGGCCUUAGACGUGACGGCCAGCAGCCUGCAGCGGCCGAUAUCGGAGCUGAUGACGGCAAUGAUUGGCCUGGACGAGGUCGGGCGGCGAAUUUUGGAAACGGAGCCGAUUUGCCACAUGGCGCAGCACUCGGGGAUUCUGUUCGAGACCCUGGAUAAGGUGUGCACACCUGCGUUCUUCGCAGAGGCAGCAGCAGUGAAGCCAAUGGUGGUGUUCCGCUCGAGCAAGCGUGACAUUCUGGCCAUCCUCUCGGCGCACCUCAAAGCCUCCUGCUCCGUCAACUACCCCCACGAAGCCCAGGCCGGCGCUGCUGCCACCAGUGCUGCCGCUGCUGCUGGUACUGGUGCUGGUGCUGAUGCAGGAUUGGGAGGGGAAGGGGGAGCGGGAGAGGCGAGCGGGGAGAAGGGGGGAGGCGAGAGGGGGGUGUGGAGUGAGCAGGUGCGGGAGGCGAUGGAGGACCUGGAUGACGAAGAGCGGCUGGAAGAGUUCGUGCAGUGGAUAAGGGAGAACGGCAUUCCUGACUUUGCUGAGCCGGGGUCCAUCUUCCAGCUGGUCUACCGGAACGCCACUCCAUCUGCAUCAAAGGCCACAGCACACAACUGGUUGAAGCCCAGGCGCCAGCUGACAGUGUAUGCCGGCCAGGGCCGCAAACACCGGGCAGAGCACAUGAUGUCCAUCCCACGCGCGCUCUUCCUCUCCACCGAGAUGAUGGUGCAGGACAUGGUGCCCUACCAGGGGCCCAUCUGGUCCACCGGCAUGGCGGCGGCGUGGCUGUGCCGCGAGAUGCUCAAGGGCCGCGACUCCUUCUGGUGGCCGUAUCUGCAGUUCUUGCCGCCAGCUGUCGGCCUGCCGUUCUUCUUCAAGCCGGGGACGCUGCUCGAGCUCGACUCGCCUGCCUUCGUGCACAGGACAUCCACCCAUCUGGACAGCUACCGCCGUGAGUACAGCCGCAUCCCGCCACAAGCUCGGGGCAACACCACGUUCUUUGAGUACCUGUGGGCGGUCUCCAUGAUCAACUCGCGCGCGUUCUCCGACACGGGCCGCACCAGCGAUGUGGCAGUCACGCUGGAGGGCAAGGAGCAGGUGGUCACGCUGGCCAGCGGCGCGCUGACGCUCGUGCCCGUAGCGGAGCUGCUGGACCAUGAAGACAUGUUUCAGGCGCAGUACAAUGUUGGGGACACCUCGUUUGAGUUUGUGUCCCUCGUGCCCUUCAGCAAGGGAGACGAGCUCUUCACGUCGUACGGGCCUAAGACGAAUGAGGAGCUGCUGCUGGGCUACGGCUUCGUGCUGGACGCCAACCGCCAGGAGAACGUGCUGCUCUUCCGCACGCUGCUAGAUGCAGUGAACCUGGUCGCGCUCAUGGUUCACCGCCAAGCCACACACCCGGGCGAGUGGGCCGCAGGGGCGGUGGGGGCGGGCGGCAAGCAAGGGGAGGGUGGACCUGUCAGUGAGUGUCACGUGGGGGAUGGUGAGGGGGAGGGAGAGGAGGAGGGUGGGGAAAAGAGGACCUGUGCUGCAGAGUAUGGCAGUGGUGCUGCGGAUGGUGGUGCGGUGAGUGGUGCUAGGGCGGAUGGUAGAGCUACGAGUGAAGAGGCGGGCAGUGGAGGGGAUAGGGAGCUGAAGCAAGGGCUGGCUCGCAUAUGGGGUGGAGGAAUGGGUGACUGGCUGGUGAAUGAGGGUGCUGCUGAUGCUGAUGCUGAUGAUGACGUUGAUGAUGAUUAUGAUGGUGAUGAGGAGGAGGACGACGAGGAGGACGAGGAGGAAGCAAGAGAGGAAGUCAGGAGCAGGUGGGGCAUGCAGGAAAAGGAAAAGGUCAAGGGAAGGAGCCGGGGCAAGAGCAAGGGCCGCAGCAGCAGCAGCAGUCGCAGCAGCAGCAGCAACAGGAGGCAAGGGAAGAAGCAGGGGGGCCCAGCCACCCCGACCGCAUCCCCAACAGCCCAGCGGCUGCAGGUGCGGCAGGCGCUCUGGCGGGUGGCAGCUAAGGCCAUCGACGGCAUAGCCAAGGAGCGGGCAGCAGAGGGGCAGUUCGCCACAGUGGCGAAGAUGCCGCAGUACCAGGCGCGGCAGGCGAUCCGGAGGGAGAGCGACGCGGACGAGGUGAAUGGGGGCGUGGAGGUGCUGGCGGAAGGAGUGAAGGAGAACAGCCAGGGGGUGUCGGUGUGGCGCGGGGGGAUCGUGGAGCCGAACCUCCUGGCGGCGUUUGCUGCCAUGUGGUACUACCUCAAGCACCAGUCAGAGCCCCCGGCUGACAUGGCCAUGUCAGCGCUGUAUCUGAGCUGGGGGGUGGGCAACAGCGCCUGUCGCAAUGUGGCCUCCCCCUUCUCGAACGUGCUGCCCGCCCUGCAAGCAGCAGCUGACACCGUUCGUCUGCUAGCACAGGCAAAGCUGCAGCAGAUGCCAACCAGCGUGGAAGAGGACGAAGCGAUCCUGAGGGAGCUGGAGCGGUGCAAGCGGGGCAGGCGGGUGGGGGAGGGGGAGAAGGGGAAGGAGGGGAAAGAGAGGAAGGAGAAGGAAAAGUCGCCACAGAAGCAGCAGCAGCAGCAGCAGCAGCAGCAGCAGCAGCAGCGGCAGCAGCAGCAGACGAGCUUGGAGGAGGAAGUUGCUGCGAAGCGACUCAGCCGACGCCGGCGCAGGCGUGCCAAUAGCGAAGGGCGGGGCAGCGAGGGCGAUGGUGACAAUAGUGAGGGUGACAAUGAAGACGAGAUGUUUCUAGAGGCCAGGAGCAAGAGUGGGGAUGAAGAUAUGGACUGCGACGCUUGGGAGCAGGAGCAGGCACGCCAGGAGAGCGAGGAGGAGAGUGGGGAGGAUGGGGAGGAUGCGAAUGGUGAGAUGGAGCAGCAGAGGAAGGGCAGCAGCAGUGGCAGCAGCAAAGACAAUGGGCCCAAGAGGCUGACGGUGAUGGGGGUGCGGUGUGGGUGUGAGGCGCUGUUGCCAGAGGUGGAUGAGAGGGCCGUGGCAGUGCGGUUCAGGAAGGUGAAGAAGGACGUGCUGUGGGAGGUCAUCAACCGCCUCAAAAAGGCCUGCCCCCCUGCGCCCGUUGCUUCCCUCUGAUCUGCGCCCAAGAGGCUGACGGCAAUGGGGGUCAGGUCACCGGGGGGUGGAUGAGAGGGCCGUGGCAGUGCGGUUCAGGAAGGUGAAGAAGGACGUGCUGUGGGAGGUGUCAACCGGCUCAAGAAGGCCUGCCCUGCUGGCGUUGCUGCCUUCUCAUCCAUCUGUUUCUGUCCUAGGAGGCGGACGGUGUGAGGUGUGGGUGUGAGGGGGUCAUCGGGAGGGGGAUGAGAGGGCAAUGGCAGUGCGGUUCAGGAAGGUGAAGAAGGACGUGCUGUGGGAGGUGAUCAACCGGCUCAAAAAGGCCUGCCCGCCUGCGCCCAUUGCCUCCCUCUAAACCGAAACCCAAGAGGCUGACGGACGGUGAUUGGGGUGGGGGGUGCGCCUGCUCUUGAGCACUGGCAGGUUGCUUCAAGAGGCUUUUUAGCCGGAAUCAACCUCUAAAAAGCAACUUGCCAGGCUUUUUAGGCUUUUCGCUGUUCCAGAGCACCGCACUGUUCCAGAGGGCUCUGCACUGCACUGCAGCGCUGCUCUGCCAUCUGGCAGACGUGGUUCUCUGCUGCCGUGCAUGCUCCGCCUGCUGCCAGCCACGGCUUAGGGGGGUGCUUCGCUUGGAUUGUUGGCAGUGCAUUGGACAUGUUUUAACAUUCUUAACCUCCUGGCCAUCAGUCAGGAAUUUUGGAAGUUUGUUUAAAUUGCAUGGCUUGCCUGGUCU